UCGAAGUAUCUGCUCAUUUCAACGCGCACUUUCAAGCGGAGCGGUUCGGCUUUUUAAGUAAUCUAUAAAUAAAAUAAAACUCGAUUCGAUUCCGCUCGCUUCGUUGUGUGUCGCCUUUAAACAAGUUGGAAAUAUCUAAGAAAAUACACAAAGAAAAAUCAAAUACUAAUCGUAAAAGAGCAAAAUAAAUAUACAAACGGAAUGUGGCCACAAAGAGAUUAAACGGAAAGUUGAGCAAUUGGCAAAACCAGAAAUCUAGAAAUCUGUGCGUGCGCGUGUGUUCAAUAAGUUUGUGCAUUUGAAAAAGUUGAAAGAAAGAAAAGCAAGCAAAAAGCUAAAGUAAAAUGUUUGAGCCCUAUGUGAAAAUCAAGAAAAAGCGAAAUGUGCAUGAAAUUUAUGAAAACGAGAAUUUAGAGCAGCAGCGACAGGAGCAACAGCAGCAGCAACAGCAACCUGCCACUGCAGCUGGGGAUAAUUGUUGCUGCGAGAAUGCGCCCGAAGUUGCAGCAACAUCUGUAGUAGCAGCAUCAACGGCAGCAUCAGCAACAGGAGCUGCGGCGGCAACCAGCAGCAGCAGCGGCAACUGCAGUCGCCUGCAGCAAUUGAUAUCGACGCCACCAGUAUUAUUGCGGCAGCAGCAGCAACACCCACAACUGCAGCAGCAGCAAGCUGCGCCUUCGGUUUUGCAACAGCAUUUGGGUCACCUGAAUUACGAAAGUGGAGCAACUGCAGCGGCAACAACCAACAGCGGCAGCAGCAGCAACAGCAGAAGUGGCUCGGCAACACUGGCGCAGCAUUUGGCAAGCCCCAGCAACAUAUUGCAGGCGGCAUUCGGCAGCAGCAACUUGCAACACAUAUUGACGCGCGCCGCCCCCGCCCACGUGCCCGUACCCUCGCCGUCGCCGCCCUCCUCCUCCAACAGCAGCAGCAGCAGCAGCAGUAAUAGCAACAACUGCAGCAGCGCCUGUGCUGGAAAUACGCACUACAACGGCGGCAGCAGCAGCAACAGCAACAGCAUUAUUGCCAGCCGCCUGUUUGGAGCGGCCUCCUCCUCAUCCUCGUCGGCAUCACCCUCCUCCUCAUCCCACCAUCUGCAUGGCCACCACUCGGCGCUGACCAACUCCAUAACGAAUCGCAUCAAUCAGUCCAUUCGGCGGCAUCUCAACCAGCAGCAGCAUCAGCAUCCCCUAAGCGCCUCCUCCUCCUCUUCCUCCUCGUUGUCGUCGUCGUCGUCCACCUCAUCCGCGUCCGCGUCCUCCUCCUCCGCCUAUCAGCACUAUCAUCAUCAUCACCAUAGCAGCAGCAGUGGUAACUCCAGCAGCAGCAACAGCCAUCAUCAACACCACAACUCUGCAAAUACAAACCAACAGCAACCACAACAAUCUCCUCUGUGCCUAGUAUUAUUAGUUAAAUGCCCAAAUUCCAAGGAAUUUUGUAACGCCGCCGCAAAUUUCUGUGAUAAAAGAUUGCCGGUGAACGAAUGUCAGGCAAGCCAAACAGCUAGAGUCACCUCGAACCUGCACGCAUCCAGUAGUACGAUGGCGGUUAGCCGCGUUCCCUCGCCGCCCUUGCCGGAAGUUAAUACGCCAGUCGCCGAGAACUGGUGCUAUACGCAGGUCAAAGUGGUUAAAUUUAGUUAUAUGUGGACCAUAAAUAACUUUAGUUUUUGUCGGGAGGAAAUGGGUGAAGUACUCAAAUCGUCCACAUUCUCAGCCGGUGCUAAUGACAAACUGAAAUGGUGUUUACGGGUCAAUCCCAAGGGUCUCGACGAGGAGAGCAAGGAUUACCUGUCGUUAUACCUACUGUUAGUGUCGUGUAAUAAAUCCGAAGUGAGAGCCAAGUUCAAAUUUUCCAUACUGAAUGCCAAGCGUGAGGAGACCAAAGCCAUGGAAUCCCAAAGAGCUUACCGCUUUGUGCAGGGCAAGGAUUGGGGCUUUAAGAAGUUCAUCCGGCGCGACUUCCUGCUGGACGAGGCUAACGGCCUACUGCCAGAGGAUAAGCUAACAAUUUUCUGCGAAGUCAGCGUUGUGGCGGACAGCGUUAAUAUCUCCGGACAAUCCAACAUCGUGCAGUUCAAAGUGCCCGAAUGCAAGCUAUCCGAGGAUCUCGGCAAUCUCUUUGACAACGAGAAGUUUAGCGACGUCACGCUCUCUGUGGGCGGUAGGGAGUUCCAGGCGCACAAGGCCAUACUGGCAGCGCGCAGCGAUGUCUUUGCGGCCAUGUUUGAGCAUGAGAUGGAGGAGCGAAAGCUGAAUCGUGUCGCCAUAACCGAUGUGGAUCAUGAGGUUCUUAAAGAAAUGCUGCGAUUCAUAUACACGGGCAAAGCGCCCAAUUUAGAAAAAAUGGCUGAUGAUCUCCUAGCGGCUGCUGAUAAGUAUGCACUCGAAAAGCUGAAAGUGAUGUGCGAGGAGGCGCUGUGCGUCAAUCUCUCUGUAGAAACAGCAGCCGAAACACUAAUAUUAGCUGAUCUCCAUAGUGCGGAUCAAUUGAAAGCACAAACGAUAGAUUUCAUAAAUACUCAUGCCACCGAUGUGAUGGAAACCUCUGGCUGGCAAAAUAUGAUCACAACACAUUCACAUUUGAUAGCGGAGGCAUUUCGUGCGCUCGCAACACAACAAAUCCCACCAAUUGGACCACCAAGGAAACGCGUGAAAAUGAGCUGAAACAACAAUGCAACAACAGCAACACCAACAACAAACCGUACACCAACAACAAUCAACAACAACAACAACAGCAACCGCAAGAACACCAACAACAAUACCAACAAUCGUUUCAACAACAACUGUAAUGGAAAUGAAAACAACUUGAUUGUGAAAUAUUUGAUCGAUCGAUUGGCGGUUAACCUCAAGAAAGCAUCAUACGGCAAUACUAGAACAACCACAAUAAUAAAUUUUAUCAACAACAACAACUACAAAUACCACUACGACAACACCAACAACUACUACAACAAAAACAAAAGCAGCAGGAAGAUAGUGUAUGAUGAUGAGAAUCAGAGCAAGGAGUACCGUUUAUUGUUUCGAUUUCGAGUAAUUUAAUUCAUUUUGCUAAAACAAAACACUUGAGUUUAAUUGUAUUUUAUUUGUUGAUUUAAUAUUUACCUAUGAUUAAUAUGUUUACGAGUAAUAAUUAUUAAUUAAUUCUAAUCUUAAGUCCCAAAAGCAGCAAUUAAAAGUAAUAAAAAAAAAACAAAGUAA